AACGUGUUAAGGAUUACAUUACGGGGAGCGAGUUCUCCACGCGCAGUCCCACCCCGCUCCCUCUCUCCAUCUCUCUCUCUCUCUCCCCCAAAUCCAAGAUCGCUAGGUCUAGCGUGCCUCGAUUGAUCCCUGAAACCCUCUUCGCCAUAUCUCCUUCCCCCCAUGGCCACCACCGUCCUCGAUUCGCUGACGGUUCCCCGUCCUCGUCGCGGUUUCCCGCCGGCUUCCGCGCCGAGGGGGGCGGCGCAGGCGGCGGCGGCGGCGGCGGCGGCGGCGGCUUUCUCUCCUCUCGGCCGCCGAGGAGCGGGUAUUCUGCCGGAAUUCAAGGGCCUGAGGAUCGCAGCGCAUCCUCUGAAUGCAGCGGCCUCAACAAAUCGGGCGUCGGGAUCGAGGGUGGUUCGCCGGCGAGCCGUGGUUUGCGAGGCUCAGGAGACGACGAUCCAAGUUCCAGAUGUGACUAAAACUACAUGGCAGUCACUUGUCAUGGAGUGUGAUAUUCCAGUGCUUGUGGAGUUUUGGGCUUCAUGGUGCGGACCCUGCCGAAUGAUUGAUCCUGUGAUUGGCAAACUGUCAAAGGCCUAUGAAGGAAAGCUGAAAUGCUACAAGCUCAACACUGAUGAAAACCCUGACAUAGCGACCCAGUAUGGGAUUCGAAGUAUCCCGACUAUGAUGAUAUUUCAGAACGGUGAGAAGAAAGAUGCAGUGAUUGGGGCAGUUCCAGAAAGUACUUUAAUUAUGUGCAUCGAGAAAUUCAUAGUGAGGUAAAUUUGUUCAUUUUCAAGAACUGAAGGGCUUCAAUCAAUUAUUUGGAGCUAGCUAGUAGUGUUGUUUACUCUUUCCGCUGUGUUGUUGUAGCUCUAUGUAUAUAGGUAUGAAGAUUAAAAUUGGGGUCUUAUCUUACCAUGUCAACAGUUAAAAUUGAUGGCAAGAAGUAUUACUUGUAAUGAAAAUUGAUGGGACUCUGUAGACAAUUCACAAUUUUCUUAUUCCAUUCUACAAUGUUGUUUGCCUCUUUUACUGC